CCGAAGUGUGGUGUCCCAUGUCGCCGGAGUUCUAUAGGGAGUAUUUGACCACCAAGACGUCCAAGAAGAUGCUGCUCUAUGUGAUGAAUCCUUCCAAGUUUCGCAGCUGUCAGUUUCUGAUCAAAUACCACGAGCAGCGUGGAGACAAGACGAUUGUCUUCUCGGACAAUGUGUUUGCUCUGAAGCACUAUGCCAUUAAGAUGAACAAACCCUUCAUCUAUGGACCCACAUCUCAGAAUGAACGUAUACAGAUUCUGCAGAAUUUCAAAUUCAAUGCCAAGGUCAACACCAUUUUUGUGUCCAAAGUGGCUGAUACCAGUUUCGAUCUUCCCGAGGCGAAUGUGCUCAUUCAGAUCUCCUCGCAUGGCGGCUCGCGACGUCAGGAGGCUCAGCGUUUGGGUCGUAUUCUGCGUGCCAAGAAGGGCGCCAUUGCCGAGGAAUAUAAUGCAUUCUUCUACACCCUCGUCUCUCAAGACACCAUGGAGAUGAGCUACUCCCGCAAGCGCCAACGUUUCCUUGUCAAUCAGGGAUACAGCUAUAAGGUUAUCACACAUCUCAAGGGCAUGGACACCGAAGCGGAUCUAAUGUACGGCACGCAGGAGGAACAGGGCCAACUGCUGCAAUUGGUGUUGUCCGCAUCCGAUUUGGACUGCGAGGAUGAGAAGAUGCCGGGUGAGCCAGGCUAUCGUCCUGGCAUGACAAAACGCACGGGCGCUCUUAGCUCCAUGUCAGGUGGUGAUGAUGCCAUCUACUAUGAGCAUCGUCGCAAGAAUGUCGGCAGCGUGCAUCCGUUGUUUAAGAAGUUUAGGGGAUAAUUUGUAAACUCUUUCCAGCUGAAUAAAAACAUUUCAAAUAC